AUGAAGACAGCUACCGCCGCCGUGUUGGCCUCCCUUUUCGGGAUGGGCGCUGCCCAGUGUGCCAGGGACAACUGUCUGCGAGCCAUCGCGGCCAGUGCUUUCCCGACCCGAAGCGGUACUGCGGACUGCUCUCGCUUCCUGCAGGUCACUGCCACUGCCAGUGCCGUGACCGCGACCGUGACCGUGACCGCCCCCACCUCCGGUGUCUUCACUUCAACCUUGACCGUGAGCGAGUCCGGUGCCGCCGGCUCCGUGGGCACCAGCACCGUCCUCGAGACCACGACCUCCACCGCCACCAUCACCGAUGUCAUCGGAACCACAGAGGUCGUCACUGCUUCCACCGAGACCGUCAUUGUUCCCACCACCGUCGUCGUUUCUUCCACCAGGACUCUCUUCUUCGGCACCACUGAGAUCGUCACCGUUGCUACCGAGACGCAGACCGUCGAUGCCACCAUUGCCGUCAUCAAGAAGCGCCAGGUCGCCACCAACUUCCCGACCUACGCUUCCGCCUGCAGUGGCUUCGCCCGCUACUCUUCGGCCUGCUCUUGCCUCGGUGUCACGGCGCCCACGAACACCGUGGCCCCGGCUACCGUGACCACGACCACGACCGUUCCGGCCACCGUCAUCUCCACCGCCGUUGUCACCGUCACCGUCACCGGCGACGCUGCUCCCGGCUCCACCGUCCUGACCACCAGCACCGUCACCGAGACCGAGCUCGCGGCCACCACGGUCACCUCCGCCGAGACCACCUCCGUGACCGCUACGACUGAGAUUGGCAGCACUUCCACGGACUUGAUCGAGGAGACCACUUCGCUGACCAGCACCUUCAUUUUCAACGCUACCUUCACCACCUUCAUUACCCGCACCACUUCUCUGCCGCCUGUCGUGAACAGCACCACGACCACCGGCAUCAGCUCUACUGCGGACAUUAGCUCUUCCAUCUUCUCCAACGUCUCUACUUCUUCCACUGAGAUUAGCACGUCUACGGACAUCAUUUCCACCACCUCCACCGUCUUCCCUAAUACCACUACUACUGAGUUCACUUCGAUCUCGUCCACUCUCUUCCCCAACAGCACUACCGUCGAGUCUACCACCUCUACUGUUUUCCCCAACAGCACCGUCACGACCGACAUCAUCUCCUCUACGGACAUUAGCUCUUCCACCUUCUUCCCUAACAGCACUACCAUUACCACCGAGAGCCCCUCGUCCACUCUUUUCCCCAACGUCACUUCUACCACUGGCGUUUCUUCCUCUACCUUCUUCCCUAACGAGACCUCCACCGAGGUUUCCACUUCCACUAUCUUCCCUAAUGAGACUUCCACUGGAGUCCCUUCAUCGACUCUCUUCCCCAACGUCACUUCCACUUCCACUGGCGUUCCCUCUUCCACCCUCUUCCCUAACGUGACCUCCACCGAAGUCUCCUCCUCUACUCUGUUCCCGAACAGCACCGCGACCGGAGUUCCCUCGUCGACUCUGUUCCCUAACAGCACUGCCAUCGAGACUUCCACCGAGGUUCCCUCAUCCACCUUCUUCCCCAACAGCACCAUCACCUCUGCCACAGAGACGGCGACUUCCUUCCCCAACUCGACCGCCACGGAUAUCACCGCCUCCACUCUGUUCCCCAACAGCACCGUCGUCGAGUCCAGCACCGAGUUCCCCUCGUCCACUCUCUUCCCCAACAGCACUGCGACUGCCACGGACGCGCCCACCAGUUUCCCGAACAGCACCAUCGCUACCUCUGACCUCAGCUCGACCAGCACCGGAGCUCCCAACGCUACCGUGACCGAGAUCACCACCACUGAGGCUUCUUCCACUGAGAUUGUGACCUCCACUGAGAUCGCGACUACCACCGACGAGUCCAGCACCGAGGUUGUCACCUCCACGGAUGUCAGCACCACCACCGCUUCCUCCACCAACGCCGACUCCGUUCCCUCCACCAGCGACGCUUCCAGUGCUUCCACCUCCCCCACCAGCGCCGCUUCCACCACCGUCCUCCCCACCACCACCACAAGCACCUCCUCCACCGCCUCCCCGACCGCCAGCGCCGUCUUCGCCCGCAACAUCUGCCUGAAGGUCACCUCCCCCGGCCUUCUACAGAACGCUAAGCUCACCCUGGGCCCUAACCGCUUCAACCUCAAGAACGAAGCCGACGCCACCCCGGCCGCCCUGUUCGACAUCAACCUCACCACCGGCCAGGUCUUCCAGAACAACGGCGAGACCGUCGCCCUCUCCGCCCCCUUCGAGGCCAACACCCGCCCGCUCAACGGCUUCACCCCCUCCCAGGUCCUGCGCAUCAAGCUCGCGCCCCUCGUCUGCGAGACCUCCGGCUCCAGUCUGCCCGUCGGCGUGCCCCUCAACUGCACCGCCUCCGGCAACGACGGCCAGAACACCAACUCCUACACCCGCUUCUUCUACAACAGCAACGACUCCGAGGGCAUCAUCCGCAUGGCCACCGCCAGCCGCGUCUUCAACCGCGUCAACACCGAGCUCCAGCUCGCCCCCUUCUCCGGAGCCGACUGCAACUAG